AGGAGGUUGAUCCAUGUGAAGACUUGACAGAUGAUGAUAUACGGACUGCAAUUCAGAAUGCAACUGGUCCAAGAUCCGCAUUAUUUGUUCCAGAUGUACCAUUUGAAGUUCUUGUUAGGAGACAAAUAUCUCGUUUGUUAGAUCCUAGCCUUCAGUGCGCUAGGUUCAUUUUUGAUGAGCUAAUAAAGAUUAGCCAUAGAUGUAUGAUGAAUGAGUUACAGCGAUUCCCGGUCCUGAGAAAGCGCAUGGAUGAGGUUAUUGGGGAUUUCCUGCGAGAAGGUCUUGAACCCUCAGAAGCAAUGAUCGGGGAUAUCAUUGAUAUGGAGAUGGAUUACAUAAACACUUCACAUCCAAAUUUUAUUGGUGGAACCAAGGCCGUGGAAGUUGCAAUGCAACAAGUGAAAUCUUCGAGGAUCCCCCAUCCUGUGGCAAGGCCAAAAGACACAGUGGAGCCUGAUAGAACAUCUUCUUCCGCGAGUCAGGUGAAAUCUAGAACCUUUCUCGGCAGGCAAGCUAAUGGAAUUGUUGCUGAUCAGGGAGUUGUAUCUGCAGAUGCCGAAAAAGCUGCACCAGCUGCAAAUGCGAGUGAUACAAGGUGGGGUAUCCCUUCAAUUUUCCGAGGGGGUGAUACUCGAGCAGUAACUAAAGAUAACUUAUUAAACAAACAAUUCAGUGAUACUGUUGAGGAUAUGUCUCAUAACUUGUCGAUGAUCUAUCUAAAAGAGGAAGAAUAUUGA